AAUUCCUUAAACAAAGUUCUGAUUGUAUAGCUUCUAAGGCUGCAGACUCUUCAAUCAAUUUUAAAUUUUACCCAGCGUAUAGCCCCCAUUUUAAUGGAUUAGCCGAGGGUUCCGUAAAGUCUGUCAAACACCACCUAAAGCGAGUAGUGUCUUUAGCUAAUUUAACUUAUGAAGAUAUGAACACAGUCCUCAUACAUAUCGAGGCCAUCUUGAACUCAAGACCUCUUACUCCGAUGUCGUUAGAUCCAUCUGAUCUUAUUGCUCUUACUCCAUCUCAUUUUUUAAUUGGACGAACAUUUACGUCACUCCCGAAUCCUGAGGUCAAAGAAACCGCUGCACUACAUACACUCUCACGUUAUAUGAGAAUGCAGAAACUGAAGACUCAUUUCUGGAAUCGUUUUUAUAUGGAAUAUAUAACAGAACUACAGAAGAGGCAGAAAUGGCAAAGAAAAGGCGGACAGCUGAACCUUGGCGAGAUGGUGCUGAUCAAGGAUGACCGGCUGCCUCCUAAUCAAUGGCGUCUGGGACGAGUGACAAAUAUUUAUCCCGGUUCUGACGGAGUGGCUCGAGUAGCAGAUGUGAUUACCACUUCGGGACCUGUACGACGUGCCUUCAACAGACUGUGCCCGCUGCCAGUGAUGGAUCAGCAGAACUUCGUUCCUGGGGCGGCAACUUGUUAACGCCUUGCAAGUGUGUGUCACACACACAUUUGCUUACGUCGACCGAUUCAUCGGGCGCGCCCGCUGCGGCGACCCGCUCACUUCAUUCUCGUUGACGAUUGUACAAACACACAUUUAUGUACCUUAUUUUUACUUACUUAUUAAAUUGUAUUACUGUU